AUGAACUUUAACAGUAACGACGGCAGCCACAGCCUUCAACUCAUAGACAUCAACCAGGGGCACUUUAAGCGCGACACAACAUCCCAGUUUUCGCGAGCGCAGCCGGUGCCAAGCAACAAAGCGGGGCCACUGUCGGUACUCCCAACGGAGGGCGGCACCGAGGCUAUUUUUGCCAAACUGAGUUACGACGAGUUGCGAAUUUGUUUGCAAGAGGCGUUGUCGCGUGUUGAGCUUUUAUGCAGCAACAGUACGGAGGAGCGUCUCCAGCUCCUUCAGAAUGAGUUUUCACGUCUCAUUGCCGCCUCCUCCGACGAGACCAAACGGGUGUUGAGGGUCAUUCGUAGCGACACCCCAUUGAGCUACCGUGUGUUGGAAGUCCUGCGCCUGCGACGCCGUGAACUCUGCACGGGAUUUGAAUAUAGCCUGGGUGACCUUCAAGAAUGGCUCUCGCUUGCAGUGCUGCUGGGUGAGCCGGACGCGUUUCAGUUUGCGAAGCAGUACAUACAGUGGUUAGGCCCAUGCUCGCGGAAGGAGUUGGAGGACGUUUUCUCUGUGAAUGCAUCCAAUGUGGAAUCUCUCUGGCCUGCGCUGCUUGGUGUGCGUGCGCCCGUAGAUUAUUUGGUUUCCUUUGACUUCCGCUACUACAGCCUCAUGUUGGACGAUUUGAUUGCCGUUGCAGACGAGCCGCCGCAGGCGGCGUCUAUUCAGUCGCUGCAAAGUGAGAUGACGCUUUCGACGCGUGAGGUUCUCGCGCAGUGGCUGCUGAAUUUCACCGUGGCGUUGAAGUUACGGUUGGAAACAUUCUUUCUUGCGGUGGCGAUGGUGGACCUUUACCUGUGCAGGGUGCCGGUACGGCGUGAGCGGCUGCACCUUUUGGGUUCUGCCGCCCUCUUGCUGGCCUCAAAGCAGGAGGAGAUUUUUCCAGCGCCACUUCAGACGUUGGUGCGCCACGGCAAUGGCCGUUUCACGUUGGACACGCUGGUCGUGACGGAGUGCAAACUGUUUCAACACAUUGGCUUUGACGUGGUGAUUCCAACGCUGAGUGCGGUGGGGAUGGGACUUUUUAUGCCGCAGGACCCCCCUCCGUGUGAGGCGCAGCGCAGCUGCCUUCUGUACAUCCUUGCCACCCUGGCUAUUCGUACCCACUAUCGACAGUACAGACUCUCCUCACUUGCCGCCGCGGCCGUGUAUUUGAGUCGUGUGUGCUUCAACAUUCCAACUGGGCGCGCGUGCGAGGAGGUGGUGCCGCUGCUUCCCCUCAUCGAGGCUGACUUGAGCCGCAACUCGGCCGUAGGAGCCGGCAGCAUCCAUGAUAUUUUUUCUAAAACCACCUACCACAAUGUCAGUCGGCUGCCACUCUCCGAGAUGAUAAGAGCUGGGCUGCAAGAGGCCAAAUAA